AUGAUCGUAUUAUUGGACUAGAAGCUCCCAAAGUGAUCCUGAUUCGUCGUGGGUGAUGAACGUAUUCAUUGAGAAAGCUGAAGUUGUUUUAACAAGGUUUAUCGACGCAGACAAGUACAAAAACAAAGACAUAUGGCUUUGCACUAGUCGUGGUAAUACAGACUAGACAAGACUAGAUUGUCGAAGGAUUCAAGUCUUCAUUUCCGCACAUCUGUUUGUUAUAUUUCCGGGGAAUCUUUGCCAUGUAGUGGAAUUAUUGCUUUCAAAAUUUGAAAUGUAAAACAUCGGACAAUGUCAUGGCUUCUGUCGAUCUGCAAGAAAAAGCAAAUUUUACAAGACUCAGUAGACUUUUGGUUAACAAAGGAACUGAGGCUUUGAGAAAUACAUUUGAUACCAUCCAUCCACCUGUUUGUCUACCUGGAGUACUGGCUGCAAACAAAACAUCUCUUCAAGGGUUAAAACCUCGAGUUAUUAAUAAUUCCCAGUGGGAUUUACUGUUUCCCCCGUCUGGCAACCCGCCAGAUUCCAAAAACUUUGAUGUCACAUUACUCACAGUUCUAUUUCGGAACAUUUGUGGUUUUCCAUCAACAGGAUGGAGUGUAAUGCCUCCGGAUACUGAUAGGUCAACGCAAGCAAAUAUCACAAGAAUCAAGUGUUACAGAAAUGAGGUUAUUGCACAUGUAACAACAACUCAAGUUGACAAUUCAACAUUUGAGUCUUUAUGGAAGAAAAUUGCGCAGGCGAUAGUAGAAUUAGGCGUUUCACAGAGUAAUGUCGACGAAAUAAAAACUUCAUCAUUGGGGCCUGAGGAUGAAAAUUAUGUCGAAAUCCUGAAACAGUUGAGAAGUAUUGAAUGCAUUUUAGAUCAUCUGACCCGAGCUUUAGAGGAAAAUCGCCGAGAAAGUGAUGAAGAUAUCUUGCGAAAACUUGCAAAGCAUAAUUUCAAAAAUAAAAUUAAAAGAAAAGUGAAAUUUUUCCUACCUGGAACGAGAGAGUGGUUGUCAAAAGAAGUUGACGAGUGGUUUUGUAACAGUGAGAGUGACUCAAGAAUUAUGUUAAUAACAGCUGGACCAGGAUUUGGUAAAAGUGUGUUUGCCGCUAAAAUCUGUAAAGAUUUUGAGAAGAAUGGAAAGCUGGCUGCUUGUCACUUUUGUGAUUUCAGCAAUUCAAACCUAAGAGAUCCGAUGAUGAUGAUGCAGUCUCUCGCAAGUCAGAUGUGUGAGAAUGUCCCUGGUUUUAAAGAAAAGCUUCUUGAUCAGUUAAAGCGACCUUAUCAAGUUCAAAAUCUGAGAGAUGCAUUUCUAAUAUAUUUGCAAAAUCCCCUAGAUGAAUUGGAAAUAAAAGAGCCACGUUUAGUCGUGAUCGAUAGCCUGGAUGAAAGUGCUGCUGAUAAUAAGAAUGAAAUUGCGCAUUUGAUUGCUGAAUAUUUUCCUGAGCUUCCCGAGUACAUCAAAAUCUUGGUGACGAGCAGGCCAGAGAUUUCCGUAGCUGAUCUAAAACUAAGAGACGAUCAAAAGACAAGCAUUUCCAAUGUUGAUGACAACAAUAACUUAGAUCUUGAACUUUAUUUCAAAGAAUGUUUUCCAAGUUUAGUCGGCAGGGAAGUGGAUGAAAGUGAUAUGAGCUUUGAUUUCUAUGUGCAUUAUCCAUAUCUUUACCGCGUUCGGCGAAAUGGAACUAUUAGUUUACUUUCCAUUUUUGUUGCCAAAUGCCAAGGCUCAUUUCUCUAUGCAUAUCACUUUCAAUCUGGGCUAAGAGCUCGUUAUGAUCUUGAGAAGAUAACAAAUAAUGACGUCAUGGAGUUUCUCCCAGAAGGACUGAAUUCUGUUUACGAACGAUAUUUUAAACGCCUUGAAGACGAGCUUAGCGACAUAAAACAUCAAAAGUUUGAUGUGUUGAAAAUUUUGGAAAUGCUGGCUGCUUGCAAAGGAUAUGUUCCCCUCACUUUCGUCGCUCAGGCUUUUGGUCUAGCUCCAGAUUGUCGCGAAACGAAAGACAUCAUCAACAAAAUUAAUGAAACCGUAUCGUGCUUGUUGUACGUUUCAGAUGACAUGUUAACCGUUUUUCACAAAUCCUUUAUUGAUUGGCUUCUAGGAAAGGGCUACAAAGAUCACCAGUAUACUGUCAAGGUCGAUGAUGGACAUAGAUCGCUUUGGCUUUUAUGCGAAAAGGUUUUUAAAGAAAUUAAAGAUAAAGGUGUUCGCUCAGGACUUGAGGUGAACUUUUCUAAUGACGUGGAAUACGCUCUGAAAUAUGGUUUAAAACAUCUAGAAAAGUGUGAAAUGGAGGAAGGUGUGUUUUGGUCAGUUGAUGUUAUUAUCGUUUGUUAUAUGUCAACUUUAGGACCCGUGAAAGUUCUCGAUGUGAGAGAUGUUGAUGGUCCUGUAAUGAUCAAUUUGCCUGGAAUUGAGCCUGAUAUGGAAGUGGAAAUCUCGCCUGGUGGAGCCUUUAUCUCUGGGUGGAAUGAGAAUGAAUGUUAUAUUUGGAAAAGAAAUACCGAAAAACCAACUUCGUAUGAAGUCUUUUAUCACUGUGUUGCUGGAAGGUCAGACAGAUUGCCUGAUGUCGUAAUUUUCAGUAAUGAUUCCAAAGUCGCAAUACUCGUGGACAGGAGUUCUGCAUUUCGUGACAUGGACUCUGGCGCGAUUCUCGACACUUCCUAUCAACCAUACUUCAAGACUCUUUGGCUACGCGAAACAAUUCAACUUUCCCCAAAAGAGGACGUGCUGGCUUUUCCUGACAAGAAAGGUGAUAUGGUGUUUCUUCGACUGUCUAUUCCACCAAAUCCUUUGUUGGACGAUAUUAAGCGACGGGCAGUUGCUUCGUGGGACGAUAUUAAGCGAGGUGCAGUGGGCAAUCCUUUCUUUAACCGGAACAAAGUCGUCUUGCGGAAAAAGGUUUAA